AUCUCUCACAGCUUCGCAAAACUUGUUGUGAAUAGCUCACUAACAUAUGCAUGUUCUUAACAUUUGGUGAGAGGCAUGUUAUCACUUUUACCCACCGUAAAUGCUUGAAUCAAGAACUUGUAGAUCAUUACUAAACUGUAGAUCCGCUACCUAAGAUGCUAGAGUUGAUAAGUUGACUCAAAAAUUUGGAUGUAGUCUGUAGAGUAGUGAAGGUCUGUUAAUCCUCUUAAAGGAAAUGGCUGGUAUUGUGGAGGCUAUACUCAAGGGAGUUAUGCGAGUUUCAUGACCAUUUUCGACUCAUACCUGUACUAAGAUGAUGGGCAGUCAAGGUAGUACGACUCAGCCGAAUCAACCAAGUGUUUGGUGACUGGUGCAUCGGUAGCCAUGACCCGUGAUUAAGGAGACUCUCGGCAGCGAUACAGAAUGGGCAGAAUCAAGCAUUGAUUCUUGUGAACACCACUGCUUUACAGGUGAGCAUUGAUUUUGGAUCUUCCUACUGUAGCUUUCGUUUAAGGUACUUCAUGUUUAGCUAAGUCGUGAAAAUAAUUACUCUGGUAUUCGAAAGUACUAAAAAUGAAGAAGAUGCAAUUUUGGCUGCUUCUGGAGCGGCAUGUACAGUUGUUGCAGAUAAUGCGACAGAGGUCUCAAGGUAUGUUAAAACAUGGAGGAAGUCAUUUGAGUUUCUCCACCUCAAUCUCCAGGCGCUGCUUAGAAUCUUCCUUUUAUCUGAAGCAGGAGUUCCACCAAUGCUAGUGAGGAUGAAAUGAGCUCAGGAUCCACAGAUUAAGAAAAAGAUGCACAAUUUGGAGGAAUAUUCAUCCUGGAUACCAGCUCUCUUUCUCAGUGGAGACAAAAAUACUGCAUUCAGUGUCUUGAGAACUUAUUAGCACAUGUUGAAGUUUUGGGGCCUAUUUUGCAUCAAAAGGGAUUUGAUUUUUGUCUUGCUCUUUUUGAGAGAAGUUCUAAGGCAAUGGUACUCUACCUGAUUUACUGAAGCUAGUAUGUGCUUUAGCCUUUAGGUGCACAUCAGAAAUAUACAGCCCAAUUUGUGGGCCAUGGUGGUGUGCAAAAACUUCUUGUUGUGCCUAGAGUUGCUCAUAUCUUUUCGGAACUUUCUUCAUGCUUCUUUACAAUCGGGUCUCUUCAAGUAAGGUAUUAGGGCCUGGUUGUUGUAUAUUUGCUCAAAGUCACCAGUUCUACUUUUCUAUAGUAUUUGGAUAUUCUUGUAGGUGGUAAUGGGACAUGUUUGUGUUCUUCCUUCAGAUGUAGUGCACCAAGUGGUUGAGUUAGCUCUACAACUCCUCGAAUGCCCUCAUGAUCAAGCCAACAAAAUUUUUGCCAUAUUUUUUUUGUUUUGCUAAUGCACUUGUAUUCAGAGCAAUCCAUGAUUGGUUUGGUGCACUAGAUGGGUUACAGAAAUUUGUUGAACGUAUUACAUGCUGCUACAUUAGUACGGGAAGGGAAGUAAUUCUGGGGCUGUGGAUUGUCUAGCCUGGGAUCAUCUCAGAAUGACAAUCACCUGCUGAGGUUUUGACUGCAUCAGAGAAGCAGGUACUUUUCAUACGUGCGUGGUACACGGUACCCCAUAGUCGAAAAUUAAUCUUAAAUGCUACUAGUACAUAACCAUAAAAAUAUGCAUUGAGAAGUCACAUUGAAUAGGUUUUUGGUAUAACUGUACUAAAACAUAACCACAAAAAUCUGUCCACAAAUUUAUGAACAUGCCGUAGCUUGAAGGAGGCUGUUCCGUGAUUCGUGAAUCAACUUGCUGUAAACGCUUCAAUUGGAAGUGUUUGUCUGUCCACAACAGAAAGUAGUUUGUAGGAAAUAAAUUAGAAUAUUUCCUUUUUCUUACUUAGGUAUCAACACGUUUUAAACUUUUUACACAUAACCCGCGAUUAAUUAGUACCUGCCAGUCUAUGGUCAUUAUUUUACUUUUUGUAAAUAUGAAGGUAUGACAUGCAGAAACUCUUGAAUAGGUAGCUCACACAGUUCAGUUUGUAUGACUGUUAGGAACAACUGGUUGUUGGUUAUGUACAUAUAUAUAUGUGUGAUUCUACAUGAUAGUUAAAAAGUAGAAAUACAUGACACUUCAAACGCUCAUCUGCAUUUUCCUCCCAAAAUGCAAUAUCUUUUGUAGUUAGUUUAGAAUCCUAACAUUCUCCAACCCAAUCAGAAAGAACUGAUUUCCAUCAAGAAAACAAAGUUCAUGUAAGCUUUCUUUGAUGCUUUUUUCUUUGUUUAUAAAAUUUGUUGCUGUGUAUCAGGAUAUCUGCAGGUUUUGAAGGAACUAAAAUAUUCGAAUCCCUAUUCGAUUUAGGUUAAAUCAUAUAUUCACUGAAAACUGAUUUCAAAUUUCUGUCAGUAAAGAUGCAGUCAUAUAAGAUGAAGUUAACUGGGUUCUUCGGAAACUUGUUUAGUUUUAUCCGAAAGUUUAUCUUCAGUGUGCUAUCUGUGGGUCCAAUCCCGACUCAUAUUUCGUUUAUCAUGGAUGGAAACCGGAGGUAUGCUCGGAAACAUAGACUGAGUGAAGGUGCUGGCCAUAGAGUUGGAUUCUUUGCUCUGAUGUCGAUGUUGAAGUACUGUUAUGAGUUAAAGGUGAAAUAUGUGAGUGUAUUUGCUUUUGGUGCCGAAAAUCUGAACAGAAGCCCUAAAGAAGUUCAGUAUUUAAUGGCUCUGAUGGAAGAGAAAAUUGGGGAGAUACUCAAAGAAGAGAGCCUCAUGAAUAAAUUAGGGAUUAGAAUACAGUUCAUAGGAAACUUGAAGCUCUUAAAGGAUACUACCAGGGCAGCAGCUGAGAGAGCAAUGGCAGCCACAGCCAAAAACAAGAAAUUUGUGGUACUGGUUUGCGCAGGAUAUUCAUCCGUCACUGAGAUCGUGAAUGCUGUCCAAAAAUCUUAUGAAGACAAGAGGCGUAAGUUACAAAAACUGGAUUCCAGUGGUACUGGUACUGAUCAGAGUCGAGUUGAUUCUGAUGAGAGUGAUCCCGAGUUUGAAAUUUCAUUACCAGAUCUAGAGAGACAUAUGCACAUGGCUGCAUUCCCUGAACCUGACAUUUUAGUCCGUACUUCAGGUGCAACACGACUUAGCAAUUUCUUUCUGUGGCAAUCUUCGCAAACAUAUCUGUAUUCACCAGCGGCACUUUGGCCAGAGAUCUCUUUAUGGCACUUAAUAUGGAUGGUCUUACACUUUCAGUGAGUUCGAGUUCCACAUAUUUUUGAGAAGAAAAAGAAGCAAGCAACUAUAAAUCAUAAUGGAUCACAUAUUUCGGAGGAAAAAUCAGCAACUUUAAAUCUUAACGGAUUGCAUCAUUAUUAGACUUUUCCAACUGAUUCUUGAUCUCUUGCAGCAAAGUGGAACUGGACGGAGUUUCAUGUGAAGUGGAGGUUUUCUUGGAAGGUGGAAGGGACAUCGUUAAGUCAUGAUGCUAGAGGAUCCUUGCAGCAGUAAUAAGAUUGUUUUUUCAUUAUUUAUAUUUAUAUUUCUAUUUUACCGAUGUUUUUAAAGUUUUGGUUGUCCAAUCCGACUACUUCAGUCAUGGAAUGGUUACUCCAAUUCAUCUUCUGCUAUGUAAGCUCCUUUGAAAUGGCAUUUACGCUGGUUUAAUAUUGUAAGA